AUGUCGUCGCAGGAGCCGGAAUUAUUUCUCGCGCAAGUGCUUUAUCGCGAGUGGGGUCGUCGAUUCACCACGUGCGGUCAGUAUCUGAAGGGCAUUCAUUACUACGAGAAGUCGAGCACAUUCGGCGACGAGAAUUAUCUGUGGACCCUGCUCGGACUCAGCGUCGCCCUCAAGCGGAGCGGCCAGUUCGCUCGAGCGGCCGAGAUCGCUGAAAAAUGCAUGAAAUUAGAUUCGAAGCACUUGGGCGCCAACUGGACGCGCAUGGAGGCGCUGUUCGACAUAGGCGAGUUCUGCAUGAGCCUCGUUUACGCGCACCAGGGUGCUCGUCGCCGGCGCUCUUAUCAGGCAGCCGUGUUAUUGGCCAACGAGACGAUCGAGGAUUGCCUGGGUGAUAACUUGCCGCGCGAUAUGUUCGUACAGCUGCAUCCCUGGAUCGCCAAAUUGACCGAGCACAGGAAGAACAUGAGGGAGAAAUUAAAGGAGGAGGAGAACGAAUUCGAAGGUUUGGAGGAGGAGCAGGCGCGCUUCAAGGCGAGCGUGCCGGAGGCGUACGUCCGCCGCCAGCUGAGGCGCCACGACCAGGCGAUGGCGUCGUUCUACUUGGGCGCGACGGCGGCGGACAAGAGCUUCCUCGAGGAGCUGCCGAAGCACCGCGCGCUCCGCUCGGCCAACAAGAGAGGCAGCGCCCUGCUGAGCGCCGCCGCCAAGGACUGCACGAGGCGCGUGCAUAGCCAGCAGGAGGCGCUGAGGAGCCGCAAACCGCUCUACGCCGUUCGCGCGAUCGCUCGGAUGGGCCUGUCCGAGGGCCACAAGCUCAAGCUGCAACAGGAGCUCCAGUUCCGCGCCUGCCUCGCCAAGAACGAGGCCACGUUCAUCCUCAGAAAGCUACACAGCGCGAGGAAGAGAAGGAACUACUUCCUCUUCUUUCAGGUAGUCGAACGAGCCAGAGAGAAAUUCGAGGCGUACUCCCUGCAGCUCCUGCCCGACCGAGGACGAUAUCUCGACGCGCUGUACCGCAUGGUGGCGCGUGCUUAUCUGGAUCCACGCGACUUGCGCUGCAUCAGGCAUCCGUCGCAGGAGAACGUCUACUUCCGCGUCAUUCUGGGCCUGCGCGGCAAGCUCAAGCUGCCGCGCGACUCGCAGAUCUGCUGGCUGAGAUUUCAAGAUGGGCCGCGUGCCUUCGACAUCUACAGAACGAGGCUGGCUCUCGCCAGGAGGCCGCUGGAGAUUCUCUGGAUUUUUCACGAGCUUUGCCGACUUUACCUGCAGGUUCGACGCUAUGAAAUGGCCAGAUUCUACUCGAAGAAGCUACGCGACCUGAGCCUGGAGGUGAAUCAAGAGGACUACGCUUUGAACGCUCAGCACAUCAUGCUACGCAUCGAGGUAGCACAGGGCAACCGGACCGAAGCGCAGGAGGCAGCGGCGGAGGCGUUGGAGUUGGCCACGAAGCUACAAGUUGACCAUCUGGUGGAGUUCUACGAGCGCGCGGCAGUUUUCAUCGAGAAAAUGGACUUUAGCCACGUGACCGACGAGGAUUCCAUUGCGACGCGUCGUAAUCUCAUAUCCGCGCUGAUGAGCGUGGAGAUGAAACCCAAGAUGGAUCUCUUACUGCGCGGAAUGGAAGCCGUGCCGGCCAAAAGACGACUGUCCGUGAUGCCUGGAUGUAAACCGAGGGACAGCAAGCCAAGAGUGGCUUUCAAGGCUACCGUGCAGUCCAAGGGACCGCCGAAUGUCGAAAGGGACGCCGAGGUCGCGUUGCUCGAAAAGUACGCGCCCAGCAAGCGGAUACCCGGCCUCGUCGACUUUACCGUGUACGACUGA